GUUUCAUGUGAAACCGGCGGAGGACACGGAGGUGACGACGACUUGCCCGACUCCGCCAGUACCGCACCAGAAGCGUCUUCUCCCCCCGAGUGCCGGAGGUCUGCCGCACAGGAGCCGCACGGUGUGUGCGGUACCAUGAGCCUCUGACCCCCGCGCCUGUCCUGUAGACGCCGGACCGCAGGAUGCGCCUCCUGUUCGCCGCCGCCGUCACCGCCGCCUCCCUCUGGCUGGUCUGCUGCCAGCUCCACGGGCAGGGCUGCCUGGACAACUUCACCAAGGGGCGGCCCAACUUCGUGCUGGAGCUGAACGACUCUGUGAGCAGCGGGGCGACCUUCCUGACGGCGCCCACCCUGGACCGGGCCCGGGACUGCCUGUCCGCCUGCUGCCGGGUCCCGGCCUGUAACCUGGCGCUGAUGGAGCGCGAGCAUGGCCACGAUGACGUCAUCCGCUCCUGCUUCCUCCUCAACUGCCUCUACAAAGAGGAGUUUGUCUGCAAGUUCGUGCGGCAGGAAGGGUUCGUCAAUUACGUCACACUUGACGUCAACAGCCAGUAUCUGCACCUGUGGGAAGAGAAGGAAGGAGAGGAUGAUCCUCCUAUAGCCCGAGUAAGCAGAGAUGUGAAGACCCAGCCCAACCAGGAAGUCACCUUGAGUGGGAUAGAAAGCUGGGAUAAAGAAGGGAUUGUGAAUUAUGAAUGGAGCCUGCUCUCCGGGGAUGCCGACAUUGUUUAUGAGCCAGUUGCAGACCAACCAGCUUACCUGCAGGUGUCCAAUCUUCAGUAUGGACAGUACAUCUUUGCGCUGGUAGUUACUGACACUGCGAGUCAUCAGAGCUCCGCCACGGUCACCAUCACUGUGCUAACCACGGAAGAAACUGAGGAAUACUGUCAUUCUCCCAAGAAAGUGGGUCGAUGCCGCGGUUCCUUCCCUCGAUGGUAUUAUAAUCCAGAGGCCAGUGAAUGCGAAGAGUUUAUAUUCGGAGGUUGCCACCCAAACAAGAACAACUAUGUCCGAAAAGAGGACUGUCGGCAAACGUGUGUAAAUUCUGCUGAAAGUGCAGAUGGUUCCGGGAAAGGACGGAGAAAUGAGCCAGUGUGUGACGGUAAAUGUCUGCGAUCACAGUUCCGCUGUGCUGACGGCUGCUGCAUCGACGCGGCGUUACAAUGCGACGAUGCUCAAGACUGCAAUGAUAAUUCUGAUGAGUCCUCCUGUGACAAUUAUGAUAAAGAAUUUAAGAAGUUGCAAAACUUGGACGUGCCAAACAAUAAAGCUCGGUGUGUGGAGUUGCCGGCUACUGGUCCAUGCCGAGCCAGCUUUUCUCGCUGGUACUUUGAUCCUGUAAUCCAGAAGUGCUUGGGCUUUACCUAUGGGGGCUGUAUGGGAAACCGAAAUAACUUUGUUCACGAACACGACUGUGAAGAGUUUUGUAGAGGAGUUACUGGUGAGGAUAUUUUUAGAACCAGUACAGAGGAUCCUAGUGCACAAGAAGGGGGUGUGGGCUCAGCUGAGGUAGCCAUUGCAGUGUUUCUUGGCAUCUGUAUCUUGGUUGUCCUUGCUGUAAUUGGAUACUGUUAUAUGAAAAAGAAGAAGAGCAGUAAGCGACAAGCAAACGUCAACAAUACUGUUGUACCUGCAACGGAAGACACAGAACACCUAGUAUAUAAUCGGACCACCAAGCCAGUUUGAUUAGCUGGUGCCAACCUAUGGAGAAAUGUAUUUACCAUUGGACUUAAUUCAACACUCCACACUAAAGUCUAGUGCACGGAGCUCUCACAUAGCCCCUUUGAGGGAAAAGACUGCAAAAUGUAUCACUUCCAUUGCCAAAUGGUGGACGCCAUAAACCCAGCAGUCAAGGGCGUAGGCAGAAUCUCUUUAUUCUUGGGGAGGGGGGGAUUUAGCUUCAUUUCUUUACAUAAUGUCAUUGUUUGGCUUUGUGCACCUGUCCACUGCUCGCUAGAAUCAGCCCCUUGUGAUACAAGCUCCUAAUUUAUGCAGCAGUAGACAAGUACCCAGUGACUAUGCAGCCAUGUGAUGUCCCAUGAUGUAACGACAUUACGUGGCACUUUUAAGUUAUAUAUACACCAUUCUAAUACUCCAUCUGACUAUACGGCGGCCUGACAUCACUUUAUUUUUUCAUUUUAACCUAUAAUGUAGAUAUAGUAUUGUAUGAAUUGUGUUGUUUGGUGACUCUUUAUAGUUUGAAGAGACAACGUUUCCGCUUUAAUUUCAUGAGUAAAUCUUUUUUAUAUAAAUGAAA